CGCAGAUUGGCUUUUUGAUUUGGCUUCUUGCUGCAGUUGUGCAAACCUCGCUGGCUCCCAGAAAUCAGGCUCAGCGCUUUGCCGUGCACCGUAAUGCUAGGAAACCUGCACCGAGCCCCGAUGGUGUGAGCGCGGGAGCGGGGGAAGCCCAGCAGAUUCAGUGGCAAUCUGGGGUACAAUCCAUUUUCUCUUCCCCCCUCCCUCGACCCCCAUUCAUCUCCGUCCUCCUCGCCCUCCUCCCUCUUCGCCAAUCUCCCUUCCCUCCCCAAACUCCACCGCACGGAGCUGAAGAUCAAGGCUGGUGGAUUUAUCAACAUUUUACCUCCACCCCCACCCCCUUUUCCAGAUGCACCUCCCCGCUCUCCCUGACAGCUGCAAAAGGGAGCACAGGUUUUGUAGCGAGCGAGGCAACUUGGACUGACAUGCAAAGGCGAACCCCCCCGUACCCGCACACACCGUCGGUGAAUCACCGGGAGAUGCGAUGAGCUCCCUUUAGGAACCGGAAGGAUUUGUGUUGGGGAGCCAGUGGAGUCCCCCCCUCCCCAUCCCCCCAGCCCGACCCUCCAAAAAAAAGUCAGGAAAGCCGCCAGAAAGGGUUCUCGGCCUAUUUGGAUCUACACAGUGGAAGUUGCAUCUUGUGUAUGGCGUGGUUAAGCUUGCAGCCUGUCACCUCGGCCUUCCUCCAUUUUGGGCUGGUUACUUUUGUGCUGUUUUUGCAUGGUUUGCAGGUGGAUGCUGGCCUGACGGGAGACUCAACCAGUACAGUACAAAACAGCUCGUGUUCAGGAUCUUUUGACUGCAAGGAGGGUGUUAUCCUGCCAAUAUGGUACCCAGAAAACCCAUCCCUUGGGGACAAAAUUGCCCGUGUUAUUGUAUACUUUGUAGCGCUGAUCUACAUGUUCCUUGGAGUCUCCAUCAUUGCAGAUCGUUUCAUGGCGUCUAUAGAGGUCAUUACAUCGCAGGAGAAAGAAAUAACAAUUAAGAAACCCAAUGGAGAGACCACAACGACCACCAUUCGGAUUUGGAAUGAAACUGUUUCCAACUUGACCCUCAUGGCUCUGGGCUCCUCUGCUCCUGAGAUCCUCUUGUCUCUGAUAGAAGUGUGCGGGCAUGGAUUCAUAGCUGGAGACCUGGGGCCAUCCACAAUUGUUGGCAGCGCUGCGUUCAAUAUGUUUAUCAUCAUUGCCAUCUGUGUCUAUGUGAUCCCUGAUGGGGAAACCAGGAAGAUAAAACACCUGAGGGUUUUCUUUGUCACAGCGGCAUGGAGCAUCUUUGCUUACAUCUGGUUGUACAUGAUCCUUGCUGUCUUCUCUCCAGGUGUGGUUCAGGUUUGGGAAGGCCUGCUCACGCUUUUCUUCUUUCCACUUUGUGUCGUUCUGGCUUGGAUAGCAGAUAGACGCCUGCUUUUCUAUAAGUACAUGCACAAAAAGUACCGUACUGAUAAGCACAGGGGCAUUAUCAUAGAAUCAGAAGGCGAUCACCCGAAGGGAAUUGAGAUGGAUGGCAAGAUGAUGAACUCUCACUUUCUAGAUGGGAACUUAGUGACUGUGGAGGGGAAGGAGGUAGAUGAAUCUCGCAAAGAGAUGAUCCGGAUCCUAAAGGACCUGAAGCAAAAGCACCCAGAAAAGGACUUGGACCAGCUGGUAGAGAUGGCCAACUACUACGCCUUGUCUCAUCAGCAGAAGAGCAGAGCCUUUUAUCGCAUUCAGGCAACCAGAAUGAUGACGGGAGCUGGCAAUAUUCUGAAGAAGCACGCAGCUGAGCAAGCCAAGAGAACCACUAGCUUGCAUGAGGUACGGCCAGAGGAACCCGAGGAAUUCAUCUCUAAAAUUUAUUUUGACCCGUGCUCCUACCAGUGUCUUGAGAACUGUGGUGCCGUUCUCCUGACAGUGGUGCGGAAAGGAGGGGACAUGUCCAAGACCAUCUAUGUGGACUAUAAAACAGAGGAUGGCUCUGCCAAUGCUGGUGCUGACUAUGAGUUCACAGAGGGGACUGUUGUCUUGAAAUCUGGGGAGACCCAGAAGGAGUUCUCGGUGGGAAUUAUUGAUGAUGACAUAUUUGAGGAAGAUGAGCAUUUCUUUGUGCGGCUCAGUAACCUCCGUGUGGUGGAGAGUGAGGAACCUCCAGAGCUCAGUAACUCCCCAUACCCAAAGGCCAUAUUGGCUUCUCCUUGUGUGGCCACAGUGACUAUCCUGGAUGAUGACCAUGCUGGCAUCUUCACAUUUGAGUGUGACAUUAUACAUGUCAGUGAGAGCAUUGGUGUGAUGGAAGUCAAAGUCCUAAGGACAUCAGGUGCGCGGGGUACAGUCAUAGUGCCAUUUAGGACAGUAGAAGGGACAGCGAAAGGAGGUGGAGAAGACUUUGAAGACACUUAUGGGGAGCUGGAGUUCAAGAAUGAUGAAACUGUCAAAACAGUUCACAUCAAGGUAAUUGAUGAUGAGGAGUAUGAAAAAACCAAGAAUUUCUUCAUUGAGCUGAUGAGCCCCCGCAUGGUGGAUAUGAGUUUACAGAAAGCCCUACUGCUCACGCAAGAGGUGGCUGAGAGGAAGAUGACAGUUGAAGAGGAGGAAGCCAAGAGAAUUGCAGAGAUGGGCAAACCAAUACUCGGCGAGCACCCCAAACUGGAAGUCAUCAUUGAGGAGUCCUAUGAGUUCAAGAGCACCGUGGACAAGCUGAUUAGGAAGACAAACCUGGCUUUGGUUGUAGGGACACAUUCCUGGAGGGACCAGUUCAUGGAGGCCAUUACUGUGAGCGCAGCAGGUGAUGAGGAUGAGGACGAGUCUGGUGAGGAGCGCCUGCCGUCCUGCUUUGACUAUGUGAUGCACUUCCUGACAGUCUUCUGGAAGGUGCUUUUUGCCUGUGUGCCCCCCACUGAAUACUGCAAUGGCUGGGCCUGCUUUGUCGUCUCCAUCCUCAUCAUUGGCAUGCUCACCGCCGUCAUCGGCGACCUCGCCUCCCACUUCGGCUGCACCAUUGGCCUCAAGGACUCGGUGACCGCCGUCGUCUUCGUCGCCUUUGGCACUUCUGUACCAGACACCUUCGCCAGCAAAGCCGCAGCCGUCCAGGACAUGUACGCUGACGCCUCCAUCACCAAUGUCACAGGCAGCAACGCUGUCAACGUCUUCCUGGGCAUCGGGCUGGCGUGGUCGGUGGCAGCGAUCUACUGGGCGUCGCAGGGGCAGGAGUUCCAGGUGUCAGCAGGCACCUUGGCGUUCUCCGUCACCCUCUUCACCAUCUUCGCCUUCAUCUGCAUCAGCGUCCUCCUCUACCGCCGGCGACCUCACCUUGGGGGGGAGCUGGGCGGCCCCCGGGGCUGCAAAGUGGCCACAACAUUGCUCUUCGUCAGCCUCUGGCUGCUCUACAUCCUCUUCGCCACCCUGGAGGCCUAUUGCUACAUCAAGGGGUUUUAGGUGGUGGAGGGACGGUGCUGCCGGGGGAGGGACCACCUCCUCCGUUACCUCACCGGACACCGGUCCUGGAAGCGCUGUUUCACUGGAGGGUACGGCCGUCUGUCAGGGGCUGCCACUGCCCAGACGGUCGGACAGCUGUGCCAAGAAAGGCAAAACCAUCACAGAGUGAAAAAAACAAAGAGACAAAACCCAUCCAAAAAUGGUACAAAAGAAAGCAACAAUGGCAAGUGUUGAAAUAAAACACAAUAAACCCAGGCACUGACCCUAUUCAAUGAAA